AUGAGUCAUUAUGGCGUAGUCGAGCCAUCAUCCGAUUACGAAACAAGUGACGCUGGGACAAACUCACUAAACAACAGUCUGAGUGAGGAGGAGUUUACAGCAGAAUGUUCUAACAUCAACAGUGAUGGUUUGAAGUUGAUGAUCUCUUUUAGAAAAAGAAGCUGUGAUGAUGAAGUGGAUAACUCACCCCGAGCCAACUUGAACGAGGCUACCAGUAAAGAUUUGUUUGCAGCGGACAGUGAGCGCAUGAGAAUGGACAGACAGAUAUUGCCAUCCGACAUGGAGAGUUUUCCUAAUAGUGGCAAAUCACCUUGCACCUUGUCUCUUGCAGGUAACGACAGUGACGACAUGUCAUGUUUCACUGCUCCGGCCAGUCCUUCAAGUGCAAUGAAAGCAACUGCAUCCUCCUCCUCCACUGGAAGGGAGAAGUCUUUGCUAAUUGAAGUUUCACAUGAAAAUAUAACAGCUUAUAAAGAAGAUUUCUUGGAUGUGUUGAAGACUAGUGAACUCCUCAAGCCUUUGAAAAGGGCUGAACAAGUUGGCAGCAUUGUCUCUUCUGCAAAUGAUGUUCAUGAUCCGCUGCUGAGAUUAGAUAAUUUACCAAAUGUUUCACCAGACAGUGGUAUUAUUUCUUUAGAUGAAUCACCUUAUGGCAAUGAUUCACCGAGUUCGCUUGUAAAUGGUGAAGUGAAUAUUGACCCGCACCAUGGUUUGCUAACAUCUUGCAGCAUUGAUGAUCACCAUAUGAUUGCCAGAAUGGAACCUGUGGCAUCCUUUCAUCUAUCUCAUGAAGUGGCAUUAGAUGCUUUUGAUAAAUGCACAGCUGGCCAGGAUGUGCUCAGGGGCACUUCUGACAUACCAGAUGAAGGUAAAGGAAGCCGGUCAGUGGUAGCUGGAGAUCAUACAUCUUCUACACUGAGUGUUGGUAAAGCAACAGUAUCAUUAGGGCAGGCAGCUGCUGGAAUUUGUCAUUCCCUUAAAAGCAAAUGUGCAAGAGCUCCAGGCAAUAAUGAUAGUGUCAACAUACAUUUGGAGGUAGCAUCUCAGUCUCCACUCUCCACAAAUGGUAAUGGCAUCAUCCUUUCUUCACCUCAUAAAAUUAGUCAAGCUAUGGGCCGUAAGAAAAGAGGGCGACCCCCAAAGAAAAAGAACAGCCUGUUGUUCAAACAUAAAAGGAGCACUCUGUAUACUAGUGUGUAUGGAAGCGAGAGUGUUUCAGAAAGAAAAGUCACAAACACAGACUGUGAGAAUAGUAAAGGCAGCAUUAUUGAUAACAAAGACUUCUGUCAUGUUGAGCAAACAUGUUUAAGUCCCCCAGCGUCGGUUAGAGGGAAGACAGGCGAUCAAAGAACAAAUGUUAACUGUGAUAGUUCUCUUGUGAAAACAAGAACUCCUGGAAGACCUAAAGGUUCACUGUCGAAAAACAAGGUCGUUGAUGUUGUUUUUAAACGCACAUUUAGAAACAAUCCCCAUAAACUUAACAGGUUUGCAUCUGUAAAUGGUGCUGCGCCUGCUGUUGGUCACAGCAAAAAAUUGGAAAGUAAACUGAAGCGCCCUCGUGGCAGGCCCCGGAAGAUUCCUCUGCCAGAAGGUAAUUUCUCAAAUAAUGAGACACUCUGUUCACCAGACAAAGGAGCCCAAGGCAAUGUAACUUUAAGUUCAGAUUGCUACCCAGGACUAUCUCCCAGUACGGAGCCUGUAGGGAGUAAGGCAGCAGAAAGGAAGGUUAUCAGGAGAAGAGUGUCCAUCCAGAGAAGAAACAAAAACCAGGAAUUAUUAGAUGAUACUCAUGAAUCUUUGAAGCUGACUGACUUUCCUUCUGACAAUAACUUGUGGUGCGGAUCAUUUACUUCAGAACAACAACAGCUCAGUAAAACACUUUGUUCCAGGAAAAUUAAAGCAGAUUUGCCAUCAAACAAAGUUAAAUCUCCUGUUCACGUUGAAAAAUCUGUUUUUCAAGAUAAUGAUCUCGAUGCUCUGUUGAAAAGUGUCAAGUCUUCUAUUAACAGCCAGUUUGCUAAUGAGGAUACAAAUGGUGAUAUACUCUCUUUUGAAAAUCCAUUCAGAGUUGUUCAUCCAACAUCGUUCCCAAAAAUAAUGAGGCCAGGUCCUCCAGGUUUGGUGAAACCUAAAUCCAAAAAGCCCAAAUUACAUGUUAUGAUGAGAAGAACAAAGAGAAAGAAAAGGAAAAAGCUCCCAAACAACAAACCAGUGGCAACAAAUGCAGCUUUAACAAACAGAACACUCAACGUUUUCGACACAGUGGUCCUGCAGAAGAAGUUUACAGUUUUACCGCAGGGACAAACAGAAUUAUUUACAUGUUCAGUUUCUGAUAAGCGGUUAUCAUUUUUCAACUCACUUGUUCAGCCAUCAAAAAUCCUUGCUUCAAGUCGUCUGAACGUGUUCCGCUCUGGCACAGGUGUGGAUGGUCCGCACAGAUCGGGCUCACCAAUUGAUAUGGAUCAGUUGGAUUGUUCCGAUAGACGAGGCAAGAAACGACAUCGUCUCUUAUAUAGGAAGUCAAAGCACAGGAAUAUAAUAGAUCCAGUGUUUGCUGCAGAUUUAGACACCCUGGUGACAGGGUUAAAUUCUAUGUCCGUGUGUGAGAAUCCAGCUGAUAAUUUCAUCCGGGUUCGGCCAGGAGAAGUGCCCUUGCCUUCAAUAUUUAGAGUCAUUAAAAUAGAUGUGAACAAAAAGGUAAAAGAUCGGAUUUUUAUUUCUGAAACCUACACAUUAGACAAGUCAAAACAGCCAAAACCUAGGAAAGACACCCCUUCUCCAUAUGAAAUACCAGCAACAGGCUUCAAGCCAAUAAUUAAAGGGGGGCGUAAGAAAAGCAGCUCUGACCAGCCCAUUGAUCAGCGAGAGUUUUCUUCUUUGAGCGAUUCGAGUGACCAGUGCCUUCCGCCAAAGAAACGCCAUAGGCUAGUGAAUAUGGAAGUAUCGUUAAUGCAUUCUUCAGUGCUUGGUUCAGCAGAGGAAACUGCUUUCUUGAAUAGAGAUCUCAAGUCUUUAGCAUGGAAGCGAAGAGGGAGACGACCAAGGAAACUGUCUGGACUUGAAGAAAACAAAGAUGAAAAAUUCAUGCAAGGACGACUGGGACAGCUGUUUGUUGAUCAAGCUCUCACCAUAGACACAAGUAGCUUUUCUGUGGGUGGAUCUAGUGUGUGUACCCCAUCGUUGUCACCUUGCCCUAGCAGGCUGUCCACCCGGAGCUCAACCAUGCCCUCCUUAUCCUCACCUUCGCCCACAGGGUCGGCAACUUUCAGAAACAGGCAAUGUUUAAAAAGCACCUUUCCACUGGCAUGUCCUCUCCACUCCAGUUCACAUUGUUUAACGGAUCGAUUAUCGUGUGCUGAGUGUCGUCUUCUGGAGCAGUCAGCAUCUCCGGGCAUACUUCAUCCAGGUCGCACAACCCUUAGAUCACUAUCUGUCCAGGCUUCGGAGUCCAGCCACUGUUCGGAACGACCUGUCAGCAGUUCUGAACCCAGUCCUAUAGGGAAGGAGACAUUACAGUUGGAUAGGAUGCAGGUUAGAAGUGUUCAGAAACUAAAAAAAUCACCUAGUUUAUCUGUUCAUGAUUCAGAUUCAUCACCUCCCAGAUUACAGAAGAACACAUCUUUAUCACCAAACACAUAUCAUAGUAGCAGCAGUUGCUCCGAUCCACCGGAAAUUACUCCUUUUAAAAGAUGCAUGUCCCCCAGAAGACAGUCCUCGUAUAGAGAAAGCCCCAUAGUUCUAGAAUCACCGGUCAGCACCACAUUAUCAAAAAAGAUAUGUUCAGAUACUUCACCUCAAAGAAGUUUGAGACAGCCUUCAACAAAGUCAGCUUCUUUGAGUUCUGCCAGAAAGUUGUGCAAUAAACGCAGCACCUCACCACAAAGUUCAAGCAAAUCUGUGAUUCAGUCAUCUCACCCUGAAUUUGAACCAUUGCCACUAGAACAUUGUAGUAAGCGCAAGUUGGUGGAGGAGAUUCAGGCAGCUACAGCCUGUGAGAGUGAUGAUGACAGCUCAUACAGUCGUGUAGAUAAUCAUAACCAUAAGGCUCAGCUGCCAUCCUCUACAUCGGAUGUUUCCAUGGGCCAGCCUCCUCGUAAGCGUUUCCAGAGAGUUGGAUUAUUCUCGGAUUUUUACAAAGAUGAAGAACCUAGGAAACGUUGUGAGAACAUGGUCAAGUGUCGGGACAAACUUGUGUAUGUGAAAGAGGAGCAUGAGUUUGGUCUGAUCCCUCAGCCGCUGCAUAUUGGCCAGUAUUAUAUGAGACAGAAUCAGGACUUUCAGCUGCCUUAUGACAUUUGGUGGCAGCACAUCCAUCAGCAGCUACCAAAGAAGGCAGAGCCAAAAAUCAAGUUUAGAACCAUCAGAACAAAUGUGUACUCAGAUAGCAGAGUCAGCAGCCGCAAGCUGGAGGUGCCUCUCUGUAGCUGCAUCCCACUCCAUUGUGGUGGAAAAGGCUGUGGAGAUGAUUGCCUAAACAG